AUGCCUGCUGGCCGCGCCAGCAGCUGCUCCCAUCCCAGACUGAAGACCCCCAAGCACUCCAGCGGCGGCAGCCAGGCCCAACAGGGGUCUGCGCCGACCCGCACAUGCCGCGUGCCGGGCUGUAAAGAGCCGCUAGACCCGGGGUACAGCGAGUGCGGCAAGAUCCACACCCUGGAUGCGUUUGAUGAGGGCAGGCACAGCUGCCGAGACAGCCUGGACCGGCACCAGCGCAACCGCCUGGCGCGCCGCCACGAGCGGGGCCAGGCCUCCAGCCACCGGCGGGCAAAGCAGGAUGCGCCAGUCAAGCAGCAGCCGGCGUCAGAACAGUCCGGGCGUCGGGAACAGCAGCAACAGCAGCAGCAGCAGCAGGAGGCGCAGGAGGAGGCACAGGAGCAGCCAGCCCCGCUGCUGGCGCCUGCGCCAAUCCAGCAGACUCCUCCUCCUCCUCCUCCGCAGCAGCAGCAGCAGCCAGCGGCAGCGGCAGCGAGGCCGAAGCGUAGCCGCGCCUCCGCCCCUCUGCCGGCUCGCAGCGAGGCGCUCAGCGCCUCGGCAUCAGCGCAGGGCGCCGCGCCAACUCGCUCAUACACUUCUCCCACCGCCCAGCGCUCGCCCGGGCAGCAGAAGCAGCCCCCGCGGCAGCAGCGGCGGCAGGCGCCCGGCCCCGAGGCCGCCGCCCUGGAGCAGCAGGACUCUGUGGCACUGCCGGGCCUGCCCCAGCUGGCGCAGCUGCUCCCCAUGCCGGCGCCCCCGCCGCCGCCGCUGCCGCUGCCGCUGCCGCUGCCGCUGCCCGACGCGGAGCCACGCCGGCUGGCAGGCCCAGGCUGGCAGCCGCUGCGCCAGCAGCACCAGCACCAGCACCAGCUCCAGCAACACCAGCAGCAGGGGACGGUGGUGGAGGUGGCGGUGCGGGUGCACUCGACGCCCUGGCAGCACCAGCCAAGCUGGCAGCAGCAACAGCAGCAGCAGCAGCCUUGGCAGCAUGUGGCGCAGGUUCCGCUGCCACCACUUCCUGCACCGCCCCAGGCCACAGAGGAGGAGCAGCAUCUUCCAGUGCCUGCCGACCUGCCGCUCCUCUCCGUGAUGGUAGAGGGCGGCAGCGACCCGAGCCCCUCCCCACACCUCGUGCGCCAGGCCCUGCAGCUGCUGGAGCAUCCCGAGCUCGACGGCUCCGACCCGGAAGGGGAGGUGCCCAGCGAGGAUGAGAUGGCCAGCAUCAGCCAGGAGCUGGGCAUCCCGCUGAAGACCGCCGGCAGCACCCCGCGCAGCGUCUCCGCCAUCCCCGGCCCCGCCGCCGCCGCCGCGCACCAGCCGGGGCUGCCGCCGGCCAGCCAGCGCGAGCGCGGCGAGGCGCGGCAGGGCGAGCCCGCGACCAAACGGGCGCGGGUGGAGGGGAGCGCGGCGGCGGCGUGGCUGGCGCGCAGCGCAAGCGCUCGCAGCGGCUGGGGGGCGGCGCUGGCGCCGCUGCCGCAGGCGGGCACGCCCACCAGCGGCCUGUCUCCGGCCGCCGCCGCCCUCUCCUCCAUCCCUUCGGGCGACUCGUCUGCGCUCACCGCCAUCAUGCCCCGCGCCGGCUCCUCAGCCCUGCACCCCCAGCAGCUCACCCUGGCACCUGCCGCCUCCUCCGGGCCGUCCCACCCAUCCGCGGCCUGGCUGGCGGCGGACGCCCGGCUGCCGCCUCCACCCCCGCUCCCCUCGGCCGCCGCUCCGCCGCCACCCUUCGAUCUCCCGCCCUCCAGCGCAGCCCUGGCACCGGCCCUCUCCUCCAACCCAGUGGGCAUGCACCUCUUCGACACCACCGGCCUGACCAGCAGCAUCAACAUCCUGGUGAGGCCCAGCGACCUGCGGGGCGGCCACUGGCAGCACCACGCCCACACGCACGCCUACACCCACCGCCAUGCCCCGUCCGCCACCCGCCCGCAGCCUGAUGGCAGCGAUGGGGCGGAACCCGGGCCGUUUUGA